AUGGCGAAAAGUAGCAAAAAGUCCACUCGUAAAUUCGAGAAGAAUCAUCUUAAGGAUACAUUGGAAAAGCGCAAAGAUGGCGCAAAGUUCAAGCAGCGACAACAAAUGAAAACAAAACGAGCAGCCCGAAACGCUAAGGAUGCCGAAUUUUUGGGAGGAAAAGAAGACGGAGAGGAAGGUUCAGCUAAACCAGCUGUGAAAGAGGACGCAUUUGGAAAGAUGAGCGUUGAUGACUUCUUCCAAGGUGGUUUUGCAGUUCCAGAAAAGCUUGAGAAAAAAUCGAAAGCAAAGAAGGGAGCAGAGAAUCUUGGAAAGAGGAAGAGAACUGAACCCGAGGAAGAGGAAGAGGAAGAGGAAGAGGAAGAUGAUGAAUCAUCCGACGACUCAGAUGGAGAGGCUCCUGUAAUGAGCGACAGUGAAAAUGGUGAUGACGACGAGGAAGGAUUAACUGGCAUGAGCAAGAGUGCUAUGGAUGCUCUAGCUGAGAAGGACCCGGAUUUCUACAAAUACCUAAAGGAGAACGACCCUGAAGCUUUGAAUUUCGACGACGAUGGAGACUUUGCCGGAGUUGACGAAUUAAGCGGUGACGAAGAGGAGCAACCCAAGAAGAAGAAACAAAAGAAAUCGAAGAAGGCAAAGAAGGCGAAGACCGAGGAAGUAGUGGAGGAGGAGAAGGAAGAAGAAGACGAAGAAGAAGAAGCGGAAGAGGAAGAUGCCUCUGAGGUUACAAAAGCUAUGGUGAAGAAGUGGAAUAAGGCAAUGACCGAGCAAAAGUCUUUGCGGGCCAUGCGACAAGUUGUUCUAGCUUUCAGAGCAGCUGCGUACGUCAAUGAAGACGACGGAAAGGAAUACAAAUACUCGAUAUCGAAUCCCGAUGUCUACCACGAGCUCUUGCUUACUGCUUUGAAGCAAGUUCCCGAGGUACUUAAUCACCACCUUCCGGUCAAGGAGUCUGCCGCCGGAAAAGUCCGAGUAUCAACAGAUUCGAAAAAAUUCAAGACGCUGUCGCCCCUCUUAAGAUCCCACAUUACCUCUGUUCAACAUCUCCUCGCUUCUCUAUCCGAUGCCUCUACUCUCAAACUCACACUUUCCUCUGUCAUACCACUUCUCCCAUAUCUAUUAUCGUUCAAGAAGGUCCUCAAAAAUGUCGUCAAGACCGUAGUGGACAUCUGGUCCGAUGCCUCGAGCACAGAAGCAACCCGAAUCACUGCCUUCUUGGUCAUCCGACGUUUGGCAAUAAUUGGUGAUGCUGGACUACGGGAAGCCGUUAUGAAGACAGUGUACCAAGGCUUGCUCAAAGGGAGCCGGAAUACCACCAUACACACCAUUCAGGGAAUAAAUCUUAUGAAGAACUCCGCUGCUGAACUGUGGGGAAUCGAUCAAGAUGUUGGAUAUACCACCGGAUUUACAUUCAUUCGUCAAUUGGCAAUUCAUUUGCGAAGCAGCAUCACAAACAACCAGAAGGAAUCAUACAAGCAAGUUUACAACUGGCAAUACGUCCAUUCUCUUGAUUUCUGGUCGACUGUUCUAGCCGAGCACUGCAAUUCUUUGAAGGAGGCUGAAACAGGGAAACAAUCUCAACUUCGACCACUCAUAUACCCAACUGUUCAAGUCACCCUUGGAGCUAUGCGUCUCAUUCCAACUUCUACUUAUUUCCCUCUACGAUUCCACUUAAUCCGUUCGUUACUUCGUCUUUCGCGAGCCACUGGAACAUACAUUCCUUUAGCAUCUGUAUUGCUUGAGGUGCUUAAUUCCGCGGAAAUGAAGAAGCCCCCGAAGCCGAGCACACAAAAAUACUUGGACUUUACAUCCAAUUACAAAGCUCAAAAAUCGUAUCUUCGUACACGAAUCUACCAAGAUGGUGUUGGAGAGCAGGUAGCUGAAUUACUUGCCGAGUUUUUUGUGCUCUGGUCCACUAGCAUUGCACUUCCAGAACUUACAUUGCCGGUUGUUGUAAUGCUAAAGCGAUGGCUUAAAGAUGCUUCGAACAAGAGCACCGGAAACAAGAACAACAAAGUAACUUCUAUGUUCGUACUCCUCGUUCAAAAGUUGGAGGCAAACUCGAAAUGGAUUGAGGAAAAGAGGGCCAAGGUUGAGUUCGCACCCAACGAUCGAGCUGGCGUGGAUGGCUUCUUGAAAGGGUUUGAAUGGGAAAAGACUCCACUAGGAGCAUUUGUUGUGGGACAAAGAAAGCAGAGAGAGGAGAAGGCAAAGAUGUUGGAAGAGGGAAGAAGGGCGGAAGAUAGAAAGAGAAAGUUGGAACGGGAGCAGGAAAAGGAGAUGGGAGGUGAAGAGGACUCUGAGGAUGCUUCAGAUGAGGACGAAGACUCCGAGGCUGGCUUUGAGGACGAAGAGUAA